AGGAAUAGCAACCGACAGCUGGUGAAAACGUGUCUGAAAAGAAAAAACCUAGAAGGUUAUUUCAGGACAAGUUAUCAAGUUAGAAGCUGCAAAGCGGCGGGGUGUAGAAUAUCCAUCGGCAUCUGGUUUGACUAAAGCCCACCAUGAAAGGUAGACAUCUUCGGCGGCGGUUCAGCCUACAGCCGUCGUUUAUGAAGGAUGACUCGACUGAAGAGCGACCAAAGAGAGAAAAGCCACUGAAAAACGAUGAAAACUCUAUAAACUCCAACGUUCGGCACAAGAUCGUCAUGAUGGGCGCGGCCAAGGUGGGCAAAAGCUCACUCAUCACGCAGUUCCUGUACAGCAGCUUUUCGCCGAAGUACAAACGCACGGUUGAGGAGAUGCACCAUGGACACUUCUCGGUCGGUGGCGUAAAUCUGACGCUCGACAUACUGGACACUUCUGGAUCGUACGAGUUCCCAGCAAUGCGGGCCCUUUCCAUCUCGUCGGCGGAUGCAUUCAUCCUGGUGUACGACGUUACGGACAGUAUCACGUUCGAGGAAGUGAAAGCGAUACGCGAGCAAAUCCACGAGAUUAAAUCUACGACCGCGGUACCGAUUGUGGUCGUCGGCAACAAGACGGACCUGAGCGAUGAGGACGAAGAUCUGCGGCAGGUAGCACGUGACACAACCGAAUCGAUGGUAACGGUAGAUUGGGAGAAUGGUUUCGUCGAAGCAUCAGCCAAGCUGAACCGUAAUGUUACACAGAUAUUUAAGGAGCUUCUAGUGCAGGCCAAAAUAACCUACAACCUUAGCCCGGCCCUGCGACGGCGAAGGCGCCAGUCGUUGCCGCAGCAGGCCAGCACGGGCAGUACCGGUGCACCAGCCACUCCGCAAGCAUCGCCCAGCGUUCACGUUCCAUCCGUUGCGCAGCUGCAGCACCUACAGCAGAUACAGGACAAAAGUCUCGGCGGCAAACGCAACUCGUGCAUUCUUUCCUAAUGCGGUUUUACGCCAGCCUUGCCAUCACGUUUUCUCUACUCCAUGUCUGCUACAUCAUCUACCCUACCUGUGACCGUGCUAUGGACACAUUAAUGGACAUUUAUAUAUAUUCUUCGUUACCCGUAUGGCGUGAUGGAAAAUGAUGGAAUGGUGGGGGUUUUGUAGCGAUCUAUUAAACGGUAAGGAAUCGAGACCCCGCUAAAGAGCAUUGUUCUCGAAACGUUGGAUGUGUGUUGGCGUGUAAAAUAUGAAUAUUUAAACGUGUUUCAAACAUACCCCCUUACUCGAUCGUCAAUGAAAUAUUUUCACCAAUCAAUGCCCCUUUUCAAUUCACUCUUCACGACCAGGCUCGACCCAGGCACACUCUAUCAAAUCAGUGUACUUACUUAGUAAAGGAUUUUGUGAUGUUAAUAAUUUUAAACCGGUGUCGGUUUCGUUCGUAAAUAAAAAGACAACACUGUGUAAAGUAUCGAAGUGGAAAAAUACGGGUAAUAAAAGGAAACGGUUGAUGAAGGGUUUUCAGUAGUAGAGCGCGGUACGAGCAAGCAAGGCAUCUCACAUGCGGUAGAACGAAACAAUACGUUGGCGCCCAUAUGCAUAUACUGCACGGAGUAAAACUUAAAAGUGACAGGAUGCUUCAGCACACAAAUGCUGCAAGACAUUAGAUAAGUUACACAGGUGUAGGUUACACCGUUGUUUUGGUUUGUAGAUCACUAAAUUCCACAUACUGGAAUGUAGAACCAUUUUCAUACCGUUCGAUACCCACCAAGUAACAGUAACAGGAUUGGCAAGGUGGCGCUCAUACCGAUUAUCGUACCAAAACUCAUCGAGUCCAUUUCAUGUGCGUGAGUGUUAAUGUGUACGUAUGUAUGUAUGUGUGUGUGUAUUAGUGUUUUGAUAAUAAAUACGAAAGAAAACCAAUCUACUCACUUCGCGGAAACUUCUUCACCGCUCGCAAUCUGGCCAAUGCUUCAAGUAUCACUCUCUCAGUCUAUCACGAACGAUUUCAUCGCCUUCACGAUCUCACUAAUAGAGUAAUUCAAAUUUAUUCAAUAAUUCACUCUCUGGCAGCCACACUAUCCCUUUGUUUUAUUUACCUUAAUUUCGCUCAAAACUACCUACAGCAAGGCGUGAUUAGUGGUCUGGAGAGAAAUAUAUUAGGAAAAGCCAAAAAUCAAAAUAUAAAUAAAACAUCAAACACCAUUUUCUAGCGUUGUAAACUCGAGCAUUUGAGAGGAGGAGGAACUAACUAAAACGGAAAGAUUUUUGCAAACAUUAUUCAUUCCGCAAACAAUCAUCAAAGUGAAGAAACAAAACCAAAUACCAAAAUUGACGUUACUGUUACAUUUACCCUAGAACACGCUACACAUAAAUCGCCAAAAUAAUUUGCUAACAGGUGUAUAAAACUUGAAGAUGACAUAACCUGUAUGUAAUUGCAAAGGAAAAGCAUAAGAAAUAAACAGUGGGAGGAAUAAGAGUCCUGGAGACGAAUAGAUUAGCUUACCGCAAACAAACAGAGGAGAACAAGAAACAGCAAACAAAGUAUUAUUACAGUGUGUAGUUAUACGAAAACAAAUCAAACCAUUGAUACACUGGAAGCAGCUGAACUUUGAAGCGAAGAUCGCCUGUGUGCAGGAAUAUAUUGCUAGAAUUAUUCAAGUUGAAAGUAAAUAAAUUUAACCCUGGUAACUGGUAAAGUGUAACAAGCUGGAUGAAUGUUAUUCUUAAUAACGUUUGAGAAAAAAUUGAGAAUUUUUACUGCAUUGAAGAAAUAUUUAGAAAUCUGGAACUAAUAGCUUGUAAAAACAAUAUAAUUUAUAAUAAAUCGUUCCCAUUUGAUUCGCCUCCCACCACCAUUUCACCAUCGAACAAGUUACAGAGCAUGUCGCAACCGUGACAAAACGUGCUCCGACCGCGUUACCGCACUAACCAGGUAUGUAAAUAUUGUUUGAUCAACUAUAAUGGGAAUUAUUGAAUUCGCUUCGUUACUUCGCUACUUACUGUGGUGUUGAAAGACUUUUCUCUUUUUAGACCGUAUAACCCUUCAGUGCCUAGAUAUCACAUAGAACCUAAGUAUAUUUAUCAAGCAUGAUUAGAUUUACAAUAAUAAUUACAAAUAAUUACACAUAUGCUGAUUCAUUUACUGAAAAGUCGGAACUACUUGUCCAUCAAAAAAGCCACUGAUAUUAAACGUCAAGGGUUAAUUGUGCUAACCUAAAUCCUUCAUUUACUGCUGAUGAUAGGACGCGAAGAAAGUUAGCAAAAAUGCCUUACGGUCGGCAAACCGACCGGCAAUAGUGGUGCUGUGUCUAUUCCCCUAUGAACACAUCCACACUUCAUGAUUGGGAGCAAGUGGUUUGUUUAUGUUUACGCGUUGCCAGGUACGUUUGCACGCCACGCGGUGUAAUGUGUGCGUGGCCGGUCGUCCUAGCAACGGUCGCUAGCGUGCUUCAUUCUGUGUGUGUGACCGCUGUCAGCCACACGACAGGACGAACGUGUGCUCGCUCCAGUGACGGUCGGGUGUGAUUUUGGUGAAAAAAGUGAUUUUUUGUACAUUUAUAGGGUUUUGUUCCAUAGAAUGAGCAUUUUUGUGUGUUUUAAACAUGUUAAAACGUAUUCUUAUGCAAAAAAUUGUAGUGUAAGUGUGGGAAAAAGCCUAUAAAUUGAGCUUCAAUAACAUCUUCAAGUGACACGUGUCCUCUUGUGAUGAGUGAUUUCUUAGCCAAGGCUGAGUGACAGUCCCAAUAAUCUACUUUACCUGCUAGAAAUAUAAAUAGAAGUGCAAUCAACAUGGCUUCAGCGAUGCCGGGAAAAAAGGUUAGUGCAAUAUUCUUUUCAAACAGUUCGGUGUGAAGUGUACAGUCACUGACCGAAGGGCGGCUGAAGGCCACGGCUAGGAAGAAACCUCCCUUAUCAUCAUCGUAGCCUCCUUCAAUCCCUGAAGGUCGUCCCGGAAGCCGAACCAGUUCAUUGUCGCAUUGUGCGGAUCGGACCGGCGAUAGAGCCCGUUCAGAUUA